AUGGCGCCGUCGGGCAAUCGCCAAACUGUGGGAGGAGAGGAGACAAAUGGGCAGGACGCCGAUGUUCAAGCUCACUGUAAAUAUCUCAUCGCAUUUGUGUUGCAGGUGCCGAAUACAAUCGAGCAAGCCAAAAUCGAACAUAUCCAGUCUUACGGUGGUGAAAUUAUUAAGACGGACCUGGGUAAACGAUUGGUUCGCGCUAGGCAAGAAGCCGAUACGAACGGUGGCUUCUUCAUGAACCAGUUCGCUAAUUCUGAUAAAGCAGAAGAGUACCACGAAAGUGAUCAACGUGAGUAUUGA